ACUUGUAUGGGAUCUUUUACAACCAAAAUCAAGGAUUCUGAACUCAGAGGACUGCAAAGUUUGACAUUUGAGUAGUGAAGAAGUUGGUACCUGGGGCUGUGUUCAGGGUGUGAUGAUGGGGGACAUAAAGAAGGGCAAGUCUGUGUUUGUGAAGAAAUGUGCGCAGUGCCACACGGUGGAAGAGGGGGGCCGGCACAAGGUGGGGCCCAACCUGUGGGGCCUGUUUGGGAGGAAGACGGGACAGGCCCCUGGGUACAAAUACACCCAGGCCAACAUCGAGAAGGGAAUCACAUGGAAUGAGGAGACCCUGCGCAUUUAUCUGGCUAACCCCAAAAAGUACAUCCCAGGAACCAAAAUGAUCUUCAGUGGCAUCAAGAAGAAAAAGGAGAGAGAGGAUCUGAUAGCCUACCUCAAAGACUCCACCUCCUGAGGCCCUGCUGGAGACCGUACUAAUACACGCUCAUUUCUAGUGUUUCAGUGGAGGACAGAUGCAAACUACUGCAAAGUGAUGAAAAGACUUGGAUAAAGAUUUGGAGAUUUCCUAAACGUUUACCUUUUGGGACUAUAUAAAACUAUCAGGGUUUGUUGUUGUCUUAAAGUGUUUUAAAUUGACUAUAUUGUGAUAAAAUGCUGUUAUCUUUCAACAUAUUCCAGUGCUGUUUCAUCAAAAACAUUCUAUACAUAAUAUUAACUUUGUCUCAUUCGCAAGAGCUCAAAACCUACUGAAUCCUUUGUUUUCAUUUAUUUAUUUAAAGAUGCACCAAGUAACUUUUCUGAUAGAAGGUCUACAAUGUGUUUCAAAGUAUAGAAUUAAACUUGUCUAUCUCCCAGGAAGUGACGCCACCUGGUCAGAGCUGUGGAGAGGCAAGCUUACAAUGGAAUAUUCCCGGCAAGGCAUCAACAUCUCUAUGGAGAAAAGUAUGUAGUGAGUGCUCCUUCAGAAAAGUUACAUAGUGCAGCUUUAACAAUGCCCAAGGACAGAGAUGCUAGAACCAGAUUUUAGGUUAGAAAGAUAAUUUCCCUCUGCGGUUCUUAAAAAGGGCGGAGGUUAAGGUGGGCACAGUGCAAUAGAUACUCAUACAUGCCAUUACAAACAUUCCAAUUAUUUUCCAGCCUCCAGGAAGUACUCCACUCCAGUUUACUCCCUUUCUGGUUGAUUAAUCGUGAAACUCCAAAUGGAUAUCAUGCUGAACAAAGGAGAGGCAUUACGAGAUGUUACGGUUUUGUCAGGCGACUUUUAAACUUCUCCAAAGUCAGGAUUGAAAAGUAAAAGUAUUUUUUUACUAUUUAUUUUUGAACAUGUUCAAAGUUAUAACAAACACACAUAUACAAAUAAAAACAGGUAGGAAGAAAAAUAAAUUCAUUCAGCUGUUUCUGUUUAACAAAAUCACCACAUGUGCCGCUUUAAUAAUCCUCAAAAUAUGAAAUACUUUUACUUUUGACUCAUAUCCAUGUUUAAAGUAGGCUUACAUGAGUACUUAGAUUUUUUUUUUGCAAUACUUUUACUUGAAUACUUUUUUUGCACAUGUAUCUGUAUUUUUACUCAAGGAACAAAAACUCCUUCCACUACUGGGUUUUAAAGUCUGAUUCUUGUCUGGAUGAUCAAUAUAUUACUCUUUUUCUACCCAUAUAUAUUUGUUUUUAACUCUUGGAAUAUUUAUGUAAUUCACAAAUAUCUUUUAUUUGCUUGUUUUUACUUUUUUACUUUUGCACACGGGUCUGGAUAGGCUUUGUUUGAAUGGGUAAUCUUAAUGUCUCUAAACUGUUGUGUUUAAGGUUUGGAAAAUAAAGUUUGACUUAGAUUAUUCCC